AUGGGAGAAUCAGACGCAAAAUAUUCAGAAGGGCAGGACCCAGUCGACGCCGAAAAGGGCAUGGCUGAAGGCGACAUCGUCACUGCGCACCAGGAUGAUGGACUUCAUCGCAAUCUUCAAGCCCGACACCUUUCCAUGAUUGCACUGGGCGGAGCUCUGGGAAGUGGACUUCUCAUUUCUACCGGCACCGCAUUGGCCAAGGGUGGCCCAGCUGCUAUCUUAAUUGCUUACUGCUUUAUCGGCCUGAUCGUCGCAACGGUCUUAUUUGCAAUGGGAGAAGUGGCGACUUGGCGACCGAUUUCGAGUGGGUUUCCUGGCUAUGGGGCUGCUUAUGUAGACCCCGCCCUGGGUUUCGCGCUCGGUUACUGCUACUGGUUUAAAUAUCUCAUGAACGUCCCAUCGCAGUUAGUCGGCUGUGCUCUUGUACUGCAGUACUGGGUUCCAAAAGAGCAUGUUAACCCAGGAGUAUGGAUUGCCAUCUUCCUUGUGGUGAUUGUCACCAUCAACCUUUUCGGCGUGCGGUUUUUUGGUGAACUUGAAUUCUGGAUGAGCGCUGUCAAGGUAUUGAUUGUGCUCGGGAUCAUAAUUCUCUGCAUCGUUCUCGCCGCCGGAGGAGGCCCCAAUCAUGAUGCGACAGGGUUCCGCUACUGGAACGACCCAGGGGCGUUUAACCAUUUGAUCACGACGGGAACCACCGGGGAAUUCUAUGCCUCCAUCUCGGUCCUUGUGACAGCGACGUAUGCCUUCCUUGGCACCGAACUUAUUUGCGUGACAUUUGGAGAAGCUGCAGACCCACGUCGAACCAUUCCCCGGGCCAUUCGAUUGACUUUCUUCCGUAUCGCGGUCUUCUAUGUACUUGCGGUCUUCCUGCUUGGCAUGCUAGUCCCGUACAACUCCCCCGUCCUCAAGGCCGCCAACUCGAAGUCCCAAUCGGCAAGCGCCUCUCCAUUUGUAGUGGCCAUUCAAAUUGCCGGCGUCAAGGUUCUUCCGGGAAUAGUGAAUGCCUGCAUCUUGAUCUUUGUCUUCUCGGCGGCGAACAGCGAUCUCUACGUUGGUUCUCGUACCAUAUAUGGCCUUGCAGUCGAAGGAUUAGCUCCAAAAUUCCUUGCCAAAACAAGCAAAGCGGGCGUGCCCGUUAACGGCACCCUUCUCUGCGCUUUGAUUGCUUGCAUCGGUUUCUUGUCCGUUGACGAAAGCUCUUCGGAUGUCUUCACUUAUCUCACCAACCUCGUCACUAUCUUCGGCAUGAUUGCAUGGUGGUCUCUCCUACUUGUGCAUGUAUUUUUUGUUCGUGCGCGCAGAGCACAAGGCGUCCCGGACUCGGAGUUACGCUUCACGUCUCCCUUCGGUAUCUGGGGUUCUUACAUUGGACUUUUUGUCGUCACAAUUCUUAUGUUGAUCAAGAACUUUACGGUGUUCGUGCAUUCCGAUGUUGUCGGCGGGGACUACGGCGACUUCGACUAUCCCAAUUUCAUCACUGGAUAUCUUGGCAUUCCGCUGUUUGCCAUAUUCUUCACGGGCUUCAAAAUCGCGAGAAAGACUUCGUUGAGGAAUCCGUAUACUGUUGACCUGUUCACAGGCAAGCAGGCGGUUGACGACGAGGAAAGGGAAUGGAUCGAGCGCAGAGCGGCAGAGGAGGAAGCUCAGGGCAAUAAGUGGCACUGGUACAAACUGGUGGGAUGGCUCUUCUAG